CUGAUCUGAACCUGCUGCUAGCUCAACACGUCGACAUGGAGAAGAUAAACAGAGAGCCGUGGACGUUGUGACUCUCUGCGCGUGUAAAUGUUCCUGUACCCGGGUUUAAUGUCUUCCUUUUGAAACUAACUUUGGUUUGAUUGAAGCUCCGCUGUAAAGGGAACAGCUGAUGGUCGUGACAACAUGGACGGUGGCCUGAGUCCGCAGGAUAAAAAAGACCUGGACAAGUUCAUAAAGUUUUUCGCCUUGAAGACAGUCCAGGUGAUCGUCCAGGCUCGCCUUGGAGAGAAGAUCUGCACUCACUCGUCUUCGUCGCCUACGGGCUCUGACUGGUUUAAUUUGGCCAUCAAAGACAUCCCCGAGGUGACUCAUGAAGCCAAGAAGGCGCUGGCCGGACAACUCCCCGGCAUCGGACGCUCCAUGUGCGUGGAGAUCUCGCUGAAGACGUCAGAGGGCGACUCCAUGGAGUUGGAGACUUGGUGUUUGGAGAUGAAUGAGAAGUGUGACAAAGACAUCAAGGUGUCAUACACCGUCUACAACCGCCUCUCUGUCCUCCUGAAGUCUCUGCUCGCCAUCACCAGAGUCACGCCCGCCUACAAGCUGUCCAGAAAGCAAGGACACGACUAUGUCAUUUUAUACAGGAUCUACUUCGGGGAGGUUCAGCUGAGCGGACUCGGAGAAGGUUUCCAGACGGUCCGUGUUGGUGUCGUUGGCACACCUGUGGGCACGGUCACGCUCUCCUGCGCUUACCGCACCAACCUGGCCUUCAUGUCCAACAGACAGUUCGAGCGCUCGGCUCCCAUCAUGGGGAUCAUCGUGGAUCACUUCGUGGAUCCUCCCUGCGGCAGCCAGCGGCCUGCACACAUGGGACAACCCUGCAACUACAGAGCUCCAGAUGACGAUGACGGAGCGUUCGCCGGCGUUCAGGACUCACAGGAAGUCUGCACCACCUCCUUCUCCACCUCCCCUCCCUCUCAGUGUGUGUGCACGCUCAGCCCUUCGCCCUCUAAACUGUCUAAGCCCCUCCCCCUGGACAGUCUGCAGAUUCCAUUGGCUCCUGGACUUGUCACUCACACUCUCAUUGCUUCCAGGUUGUCAUACCAGCCGUCAGCUCUUGGUGGAGCUGCUGAGCUGUGUAACCCAAAUCCAAACCAGAUGAUGCAUGCUGGGAAAGAAGGCGGGGUCAUGUUGCUUCCUGCUCAGCCUCCUCAUGGAGCAGACGCCCAUCUGACCGUGGAUCACGCCCCCAACACACCAGGCAGCGGCACUGAAGAUGACGGUCUCUCCCACAGCGGAGACGGACGGAGGGACGAAGGACGGAGGAGCGCCUCUCCCUCUGACCCUGUGGAGUCGCUCAACGCCUUCACAAGGAAGGUGGGAGCGUUUGUGAACAAACCCCACCCGACACAGUUAACAGCAGCCAGUCUGGAUCUCCCAUUUGCUGCGUUUGCUCCUCGCGGCCUGGACCCAGAGGAGAACGACCCCAUGGUGCAGCCUCCAGACUCUCCUCCAUGCCCCUCCCCACUGCAGGCCAGCCUGCACUCUCAGGGCUCAGAAGGAUCGGGACCGCAGGACGACUUUGUCAUGAUCGACUUUCGUCCGGCCUUCUCUAAAGACGACCUGCUCCCGAUGGAUCUGGGGACGUUCUAUCGUGAGUUUCAGAACCCUCCUCAGCUGGCGAGUCUCUCCCUGCACAUCAGCUCACAGUCCAUGGCAGACGACCUGGACUCUCUGCCGGAGAAACUGGCCGUGUACGAGAAGAACAUCGAUGAGUUUGACGCCUUCGUGGACAUGCUGCAGUGAGAGUGACGGCCUCGCUGUGAGGACGUGAAAAGAAUGAAAGGGAGAAUCAGACUGUGUAGUUUUUUGUCCUGUGAAUCAUUUCUGACACUUCCUGCCCGGCACUAUCGCCUCGCCGCUCACCACUUUGUACAGAUCGUCCUCGCCACUGUAAAUAGUAAAUACGACCGCCGGACACAGGUAGAAUUAAACAAAUCACAACAUGUCGUCGUUGUUAGAUUAACUGUAGCUUCUCUCUGCUGAACACGACGUGUUCCUCUUCAUCAUGGCCUUCUGACUCAAACUCUUCCUCCUGAUCUCGAGAAGCUGGUCUUUGAAACUCAUCUCUUUAGUCCCGUACGAGUGUUGUGAUCACAGACAGACAGUCUGGUGUCCAUAAAAAUGUAGAUCUCACUGCCUUUGCUCGAAGGAAAACGACUCACCGACCCUCGCCGGGUGUCUCCCAGCUGGUCUGGGAUUUAAAUUGCCAACUUUAGAGCCCUGUGUACAGAAAACGUGUCCACGCUUACACACAACCAGACGCCGGAGUGUUCUCACGGCUAGCUGCAGCAGCGGUCCUGCAGAGAGUAGUUUAGCGGCUCCAUGUUGCGUGUGAACUGAACGAUACGCUGGUGUAUAUUCGGAGGACGGACACACUCGCAGAACCUCGUCAUCGUCCACGACUGUUUGGUUGGAAGCUUUAAUUUAAUCGUUUUUUUUUGCUGUUGUUGGUCUAAAUGUCCUGAGAAAUAAAGCAUGGCUGCUCUGUUCAAU